UCACGCCCCUUUAGCUCGGAGCUGGCUGCGGGAGGAGCGCCGUGUGCAAACCGCGUGCGUGUGGCGCACUGACUGACUUGACUUGACCGACUGCGAGCGAGCGAGCGAGGAGGGUGAGCGGCAGUGAGACGAGCGCGGGCGGGAGGAGCGGAGCAGAUAGCCCGGGUGGGGGUCUCGGAAAAAAAAAAAAAAUCAGACGUUAAAUUAAAGCAGCGAAGGAAGUGCUCGACUGACCAGAAUUCAUCAUGAGCAGCAAUGAAUGCUUCAAAUGUGGCCGUACUGGACAUUGGGCUCGCGAGUGUCCAACUGGAGGUGGCCGAGUCCGUGGGAUUCGAGGGCGUUGUAAAAUAGGCUUCACGGCUGCGAGAGAUAUUUGCUAUCGGUGUGGUGAAUCAGGCCACCUUGCCAAGGACUGUGAUCUCCAGGAGGAUGGUAGGUGUUUGUACAGUUUGGGUGAAUGGGAGGGAGUAGCUCCAUGUUGGGACAGAUGUCAUUCUAUAUGUUUCCUGUGUGUUUCAGCCUGCUACAACUGUGGUAAGGGAGGUCACAUUGCCAAAGACUGUAAGGAGCCAAAGAAGGAAAGGGAGCAAUGCUGCUACAACUGUGGCAAACCUGGACACCUGGCCCGUGAUUGUGACCAUGCAGAUGAACAGAAGUGUUAUUCUUGUGGAGAGUUUGGGCACAUUCAGAAAGACUGCACUAAAGUCAAGUGCUAUAGGUGUGGUGAAACCGGGCAUGUGGCCAUCAACUGCAGCAAGACCAGUGAAGUGAACUGCUACCGCUGCGGUGAGGCUGGCCAUCUUGCACGGGAAUGCCCGAUCGAGGCUACAGCUUAAACCUUAAUUUGUUGCCCCUCCUUUUCUGAUUGAUGGUUGUAUUAUUUCCUCUGAAUCCUCUUCACUGGCCAAAGGUUGGCAGAUAGAGGCUAGUCCCAGGCCAGUGAGCUUUACUCAAAAUGUCAAAGGAUGAAAGGGGUAGAAAUCGACUUUCUGCAUUUAACUACAAAUGUUUAUGUUUAGUUUGGUAGAGGUGUUAUGUAUAAUGCUUUGUAAAAGAACCCCCUUUCCAUUGCCACUGGUGAAUAGGGAUUAAUGAGUGGGAAGAGAUGAGUCAGAUCAGGAACCCUUUCCUGGGUUCUGGAAGUGAUUCUGUGUGAGAGGAAACCAAACCUGGAAGUGUCUGUGAAAACUUCCGCAUGUGAUUUCUUAAAACGUUGGCCUUUGAAUUGUUUGACCUUGGAAGCAGUUCAUUAAUAAAAACCGACACCUGUAUCGGGCCUUUGUAAACA